AUGCCUCGCGUGAGGGUUAAUUUGGGACAAGACGCCAACCAGCAGCAGCAGCAGGGGCAGGCCUGGGGGAGCAGCAGCAGUGGCAGCCAUGGCGGCGAGCUAAUGGAAGCGCUUCAGCCUUUUUACAGAAGUGCUUCCGCGUUUGCACCCCCUCCGGCCGCGCCCUCAGAUUCCGCGUUUGCGUCUGCGUCUGCGUCAAACGACCCUCCUGUUUCUUACUCUUCUUCUUCCUCGUAUUACCCUCCGUGCAAUUACCAAACCGAGCCCGGUUUCUACCCGGAUCUCUCAUCCGGAUCCAUGACCCACAUAUUUUCAAACGGGUCGGAUCUCCAUCAACCCGGUUAUCAAAUCCCACCUCAAACCCACUUCGAUUACACCUCCGAUUUCACCUACUCCCACCCAGAACAUAGCAAUUCCAUGCUCAAUUUCAUCGACCCGAGUUCGGUUAUGUCGAACCAGCCCGGUUACGUUCCGGUUCCCGUUCCGGAGCCGGGUGCGAAGCCCGCGAAGUUGUACAGAGGAGUGAGACAAAGGCAUUGGGGCAAAUGGGUCGCCGAGAUCCGACUACCAAGGAACCGGACCCGGCUCUGGCUGGGGACCUUCGACACGGCGGAGGAAGCGGCUUUGGCCUACGACCGAGCCGCUUACAAGCUCCGAGGCGACUCGGCCCGUCUCAACUUUCGUCCCCGCCCCGCCGCUGACUAUAGCGAAUACGCGGCCCUCCACGCUUCCGUCGAUGCCAAGCUCGAGGCCAUCUUGUCCGAACCCAAGAACCAGCCCGGAAACUCGGAGAGUCAGCCAACGAGGAAAAGGGGUUCUUCGACGUCCUCCGCCGUCGGAGAAUGUUCUCCGGCGGUGGUGCCGCCGCGGAUGAAUUCCGGGUCGGGUGAGAGUGACGGGUCGGGUGAGUCAUCGCCGGUGUCGGAGUUGAUGGUGGCGGAGCCGCCGAUGCCGUGGAACGAGAACUUCAUGUUGGGGAGGUGCCCCUCUUACGAGAUCGAUUGGGAUUCCAUUUUAUCGUGACGGAAAAAAAAAGGGGAUUGGAAUUUGGGUUUUGAUUUGUUUUUCUUUUUAUAAAUUAUUUCAUUUGUAAUUUUUGUAAUGUUGUGUCUUAAGAUUAGGGUUUUAGGAUUGUGGUAAAAAAAGUGUUUGGUGGCUGCAAUUGACGUUUUUGCGAAUUGCGGGGCCAAAUGCUAAAUCUGUGAAUUAGGGUUUUUAUGAUUUUGGUCAGCUGUUGUUUUUUGUUCAUGCUGUACCAAUUAGAUCGAUAUUUUUCUCUUGUUAUUUGGCGUGAGUUUUGUAAGUUUUUUAUGUUAAUCUUUAAUCUAAUUGUUUGUUUCUCGUUA